AUGUGGGAAGAAGUGUGGCUGGCCGUCGGGAUCGUCCUCGCCGCCACCGCAGCCGUCCUCGGCUUCCGGAAGCUGCUCGAGAAGCGCGCCGGGAAAUCGUUCAACAAUGAGACGAUUAUUGCCAAGAGUGGGCACAUGUGGGAGCAGGUCCAAGAAUUCGACGGCAGCCCUUUUUGCUCGAAAUGCGAGCGGCGGCUGGCUCGUGGGUAUCGCUGCGAGUAUUGUAACAUGAUGGUGGAUGAGGUAAAAUGCGCACGCUCGAUCUCUGCCGUCAAGUGCUGCAAAACGAAUGUUGAAGUUACGUCGGACGACCUGAUAAAGCAUCACUGGGUCCACGGCAACCUCCUUGGCGACGCUUUUUGCAGUGUUUGCGGCGACGAGUGCGGUCAGGAUAUCGGGCUCAGCGAUUAUCGGUGCUCUUGGUGCGCGAGAAACGCGCAUACGUCUUGCCGUGGCGAGCUGGAGGAGGUGUGCGAUUUCGGGGACUUGAAGCAGUCAGUGGUUCCGCCCAACAAGGUGACGCUGCGGAAGGCCGGCAGCCGAGGGGUGAAACAGAUGGUCAUCGACGGCAUCAUUCGCCCGGAUGCGCCACCGGAUUGGCGCCCGAUUUUCAUCCUCGUCAACCCGAAAAGUGGCAGCGGAGCCGGGAUCAAGGUGGCGUCGGCGUUCCGGUUGUUUCUGCACCCGAUACAGGUAAUCGACGUCACCAAAUCCCACAUGAAGGCCGUGCUCCGGUGGCUUGACGAACGGCCAGACAUCGAGGCGCGGAUAUUGAUCGCUGGUGGUGAUGGGACGAUCAGCUUUGUGCUGAACGACAUUGACGAGCUCGAAAAUCGACCCCCAGUCGCCGUGCUUCCCCUCGGCACCGGAAACGACUUGAGCCGGGUGCUGGGCUGGGGCAAACAACUCCUCAACAAAUUCCUCUUCUUCACGUUCGGCACAAAAGACGUUUUCGAGCGGGCUUGCUCGGGCUUGGAGUCCAAAAUCGAGCUGACCGUCGAUGGGAAAGUCGUGGACCUUCCGGAAAUUGAGGGCCUCAUCUUUUUGAAUAUACCAUGCUGGGGCGCUGGCGUAGAGCCUUGGAGCAUGGAGCCUGACGAGGAGAUGCCACAAUCCUGCUCCGACGGCCGUUUUGAGAUCUUUGCUGUUCGCUCGUCGUUCCACAUUGCUCAAUUACAGGUCGGCCUCUCCGCGCCACUCCGAAUCUGCCAAGGGCGCGAGAUUUCCGGCCGUCGUCCGCCCGCCGUGGAGCUGCUCGAGGGGCUCGCUGGGAGUGAGGGCGACCUCUCCGGGCCACCGCUCGCCAAGAAGUUGAGUCCACUAUUUAAGAUCAUGCGCGGUCACUGGAAUGAGGCGUUAUCCGUGCUCGAGAAGUCCUACCAAUUCCUCAGCCCUCACGAGCUCGAAACGGCCAAGCUGAUCAUACUCGAGGAGAAGUUUUUCGAGCUCCUCAGCAAGGGAGAGAACACCCUGGCGAUGAAGUUGAUGCGGGAGGAGUACCCGAAUCGACGCUCGCUGAGGACGAGACGCACUGAACUCGUUGGAAUGCUUUUCGCCGAUGCAAAUGAGCUUGGCAAGCACCCGGAGAUCAAGAAGUUUGACUCCAGAGACGCCCAUUGGCGUCGUCGCCUCGCCAUCCGAGUCCAAAAACAGCUGGACCCCGCCUACAUGUUGCCCUGCAAGCGGUUGGAGCAGCUCACUGACCAGGCCUUCAAAUACCAAGUCGGGAAGUGCCGACUCCACUUUGACGGCGAUCACGUGAAAAUGGCUGAUGAUGCCAUUUUCCGGAAUCACGACUGCACCGAGGCCAAUAAGCCGCUAUUUAAGGCGCAUCAGAUCAUCGCUGGAAAUAGACACGGACAACUGCACUUUUUGGACCUCUCCCUCCCCGAAAUGGGCCAAUGUGUCUGGCUCCGCGUCUUCACCGCCAACCUCGUCCACUGCGCCGACAGCCGCCGCGCACGGCCGCAACGCGCCGCCCACCUCAGCGCCAACGGCGUCGGCGGCCACCGCUCAACGCCGAUACCUCAACUCGACUUGGGUCAUAAGAAAAAGCCGGUCAACCAGCUCGACUACCUCCGCCUUCAAGCCGUCGCCCGAGCGCGCGGCUUGAUCUUCUCCAACCCAGGAUAUGCCAUU